GUAACUUUGACGCGUUACGGUUGGUCGCGAUUUGGAAUCGGAAUAUCGGCAUACAGGACCCCAGAAAGUUUCCCCGGUCGAAGUGUGUUUACAUUGUUUGCAAACUAAAAUUUGCAGUCGCUAUGAGCGGAUAUUUAUAAAAAUAGGAACAGCCAGUUAGAAUCAAAAUAAAAAUUUACGAAACGAACGAAAAAUUCCCAGAGGGAAAUUCAAAGCCAGAAAAAUGUGGAAAAUCUGCAUUUUUACAUUGGUAAUUGCGGUGGUGGCAGCAACAACAACAACUAGUGAAACCAUAACAAAUGACUUGACGGCCAAAAGCAACCGAACGCAGUUGAAAAUUUCCACCGACGAUGAGUCGAGGGAAAUUUCCGCUGUGGGCGGGUCAACCUCAACGGCCACGCCCACCACGACGGCCACAACCAGCACAACAACAACGCGGGCAACAACAGUUUCCGAGGAAAAUGUGGAAACAACAACAACAGUCAGGCUAAUGACAACCACCCAAAAGAUGGCCGAAACCGAUUUGGUUGAAAUAGGCAGCCGAAUCAAGGAUGCACUGCAUCGCAUUAAACUGAGCGAAAAGCCAGUGGACGAGGAACGGACAACCACCACUGAACAACCAGAAGCCGUGGAUCAGGAUGACCAGCAGGAGGAUGAGCAGGAGGAUUCAGAGGAUGUAACGCCCACAAUUUCGCCGCUGCAAAUUCAAAUGCAGGCUGCUGCCUCAUAUCAAGUAGCCGAAACGUUGGCCGACUUGAAUGAGGAGGAGCGCGCCAGAUACGAUGCCAUGUUGGCCCAACAGCCCACGGCCAGCAAACUGAACAUAGUGGAUCUUUAUCCAUUGAAAAUCGAGGAUUUACAGCCCAUCAUCCAGAACGACAACGAUGAGCUGAUUAAGCAAAGGACAGUUUUUACACAGCCCGAAAAUGCCGAGGAAUACAAGCAGAAUCUGAUGCCCAACGAAGUGGAAAUGAUGGUCGAGAGGCAGGAGGCAAAGGAAAAGGUUAAGAUAAAUCAGGAAAAAUUGGGAAGCUUCUCCACAACAACUAGCAAACCGAAUCAGAUAACCACAGCUGAUUAUACGGGCAAACUGCUGGCCGAUCAAGAUGAUCUCAUCACGGAGAUAGAGAGCAAAUUUCAGCUGCAUGAGACCACUACAGUGAAGCCUAGGACUACUACCAUCCAACAUCCUGGCAACACUUUCAUCGAUCGGCGGGUCAAAAAGAGCUUCGAGUUUCCCAUGCAACAUCGGGCCAGCGAUGUGAUGGCCAUGCCGCACAUUGACUUUGCCAACACCAAGUUCCAGACGGAUGCCGAUGCCCCCCAGUCCCACCCACCAGCCUCACAUCCCGAAUUCUCCACCACAAAGUUCUACAACAGCAAGGAGCUGUACAACGAAAUGCUGCUGCACAAUAAGCGCAAGUUAAUGAAGGCAACCAAAGCUGAAGGCAGUCCGAUAAAGUCAGCGGAGGACACAACUCGGGCCACAGCAAACUUGAACGUGACGCCAGAAGGGAAAACUUUCAGUACAACAACAGCGACUGAAGCCUCCACCACCACAACAACAACAGCUAGAGCCACAACAACUGCUGAGUCAACAACCACAAAAACAUCAGCAGCAACAACAACUGGAACCACUGACAACCCAACAACAACAACAACCGCUGGAAAAUAUCAGAAGGAGCUUAAGCGUGCCAAAUUAUUGCUCAAGGCCCUGACACCGCCAAAGUCGAGUGACAAGCGGACGGAAGUUGCCGGGGAAUCCCCAUCAUCGACAGUUACAGGGACACCGGCCAGCAGCAGCACCACCACAACGAUGGCCACUCUGCUGAUGGCCACCGCCAGGACUCGUCCUUCGAGCCCAGCUAAUCCCACUAAGACCGCCGCAAAGCCAAUCGCCAGGCCGCGCAUCCUGAGUCGCCUGCAGGAGAAAAUCAAUUCGCUCGAAUGCGAGAUCCCCAAUGUGCCGCAGGAUUCGCAUCUGUGGCGCGGCAACGAGACCCACGAACUGCUGCUUCCUAUUGUGACCACGGAACACUGUAAGCCGGAUGAGAACUGCAUACCGAAUGUCCUCACAUGGCGAGGCGAGGCGGAAAUCCAGUCCGGCGACAUUUUAAUUGUGGAAAUCAACGAUGCCAUGUUGAAUCCAUCGCACGAGCCGAAUAACACGAGCAGCGCGGUACAUGCCACACAGGUGUAUCAGGUAACUCGUUCCGGCCACGAACACUGCGAUGUUACCGAGGGCGUCCUGUUGGAUAUCACGCCGCUGGUGGUCGACGGCAGGAAGCUGGUUACCCUGUACGAUAAGGACCUCACCGAGGGAGUUAACCUGCUAAUUGUGGUGUCCGAGCUGUGGGGAGCGCAGUGUGUGCGGCUGAAGGUGACCACCAAAACCGACAAUUGCGGCGAGAACGCCGAUUGUUCCGGCAAGGGAGUGUGCUACUCGAACUCGGGGAUGGAGGAGUACGAGUGCCAGUGCUGCAGCGGAUUCGCAGGACCCCAUUGCGAGGAGAUCGAUGCCUGCAACCCGAGUCCUUGCACCAACAACGGCAUCUGCGUGGACUUGUCGCAGGGUCACGAGGGCAACUCGUACCAGUGCCUGUGUCCAUACGGAUAUGCGGGCAAGAACUGUCAAUACGAGUCGGAUCCCUGCAAUCCCGCCGAGUGCAUGAACGGCGGCAGCUGUGUGGGCAACUCGACGCACUUUCGCUGCGACUGUGCGCCCGGGUUCACAGGACCUCUGUGCCAACACAGCCUGAACGAGUGCGAGUCCUCGCCGUGUGUUCACGGCAUUUGUGUCGACCAGGAGGACGGGUUCCGCUGCUUCUGCCAGCCAGGUUUCGCUGGCGAGCUGUGCAACUUCGAGUAUAAUGAAUGCGAAUCGAAUCCGUGUCAGAAUGGCGGCGAGUGCAUCGAUCACAUUGGCAGCUACGAGUGUCGCUGCACGAAGGGAUACAGCGGCAACCGUUGCCAAAUUAAGGUUGAUUUCUGCGCCAACAAGCCUUGCCCCGAAGGACAUCGCUGUAUUGAUCAUGGAAAUGAUUUCAGCUGCGAAUGCCCAGGAGGUCGCAACGGACCGGAUUGUAAUCAAAUGCCACGAACGCAAUGCAACGUGAAUCCCUGCACCCAUGGCGGCACUUGUUGGUCCAGCGGCGAUAGCUUCUACUGCGCCUGUCGACCCGGAUACACGGGAACCAUGUGCGAAGAUGAGUUUGUGGUGGAGACGGUCGUUAGUUCCAGCGAAUUUAUUGUGGACGAUGCGAACGCUAGAAAUUUUAAUGACAAAACUUUCGGUUCAUCGGUUGUGCUUAAGAGUCCCAUUGAAUUGCAUAAUGCAUAUUUUGCGGCCGGAGUCCUGGCAGCCGCCAUUUUCAUCGUUGCCGUUGUGGUCACCAUUUGUCACUGCAAGGUCAAUCAGACGUAUCGGAAAUUCUCGACACGUUCCACCUCGUUUAUACCCAUACUGGGCUUCAGUCGCCGCCCGAAAAUGCAGGGCAAACUCAACAAACAUUGGCUGAGUGGCAAAGGGGCCACCGCCGCGACCGCCACCGGCAGUGCCAAUAAUGUGGCGCCCCCGGGUGGACCGAGGGUCGGCGGAGGAGGCGGAGCGCAGCCGGGAACUCGGCAUUUGCCAGGACAACCCCAAACGCAGACCACGCUGGGUGGCCAGCUGCAGGAGCGACCUUUUCAGCGGCACCUGGCCAUGAAUCUCGAGAACGACAUGUACUACACGGUGGACUUUAGCGAGAACUCACAGCACUCGCCGUUGAUACAGUGAGACUUGGACGGCAGCGGCAGCGGCGGUUGGUUAGUCAAAUUCACCCCAAACAAAGAGGAGUGAGUGGAUAUUGGGUUGGGUUCGUGUGAUUGUGUAAUUAUCUUUGAUGCUACUCGUUGAAUAUUCCAAAUAUUGAACAGUAUUCGAUAAUAAUAAACUAAAGACGUGUGUGAAAAUUAACUUUAUGAUUACGAUUCCGGGCUAAUGCAAACAAAACACAAAUGUGUAUGAUUAAUACAUGUAUCUCUUGGCAUAAAUAGGCUUAGCAAACUUGUUUAUCAAGGUUUAUUUUGGCUAAGCACACACCCAAGACCACACUGACACACAAAAAGGAUAAUGUUUGAUUAUAAAAUACGAUGUUGGUGGAGCAGGGAGAUCAUCUAGAAUUAUGUAAAUGUUUAAUAUGCUAGCAUUCAGUUCUGACUGCCUAAGUUUACUGUAUGAAUAUUGCACAUUUGUCCGAGGGAAACACAAAUUUAUGUUGGCCUUCUCAUGUGGAAUCGUUUUAUGGCUGGCCUGAAGGAGCAGAUAGGGCAGACUAUCUCGGCUAAUUGUGGCCAUAAAAUCUUCAUGAAUUUGCUAUGCAAAUGCCCGGUCUGAAAUUCAAGUUUAUAGGUGCGCAUUUGCAUAUGGACAUUUCAAGGAGAUUAAAUGAUUUGCCUGCAGCCCAUAGCGAAAAAGGUUUCUCUGUAAUUUUAAUUAGCUAGAGUUGGCCUUUGAAAGUUUAAAACUUUUCGCAACCAAAACAUCAAAGAGAGUCCAGCAAAUUAUGUUUGCCAGUCCGAAAAUAUGACAUUAUAAUGAGCAACAGAAAAUACAAUUUGAUAGCAUUUAAUAAAGCACGCCUUUCACCGCAUUUUCAUUUCCAAAUGUUUGCAAUUAGUUAAAUAAUAAUAAAGCGAAAACCGAAUUCUAUUGUGUGUUGCGAAA